AUGUCGCUAACGGGUACAGUAAACCAGGCUAUGAUAUUAGAUGAAGCGAAUGGCCGCAAUAAUAGCUAUUCUAACGCAAGGCUACGAAUAACAAAAGUCAAUCCGAAACUUACCAUACAAAUUCCACCCGAUGAUACGAUUGUAUAUGAGGUUGAUCUCAGAAAUUGCUCUUACGUCUCAGAAUCAUCCUCACCCGGCAGUGUAGAAUGCAUUGAAGAUAAAGUCAGUCGAAAGAAAAUACUUAUCUUAGAUAAUAAAACAGAAAACAGAGAAUUAUUCGAUUUCAUGCGAGAUUAUCUGAAAAAUCCACCUAUUAUACCCGAGCCCCAACGAGAUAUAACUAUCGAUGGAGCCAAAGUGAAUAAACUAAUCACAGCACUGAGCAAUAAGAACGCGACUGAAGCUGCUCAAAUUGCCAAUCAACUUGCCAGUGUUCGAACACCCGUUCAAUUCGGUUUGGAUCUGAUGAAUGAAACAGGAAAUACACCGUCUGCCCCGCCACCGCCGCCUGUUGAGCAACCAUUGAAGAUGAAAUUAUCCAUUGAAAGUUAUCUAAUUGAUCAAUGUGUUGACACCCAAUUUGAUAUUCGUAUUCUUCGUAAAACAACAAUUCGACAAUUAAAAGAAAUGGUAGCAACCGAAAUAGACGUUAGUCGAGAUCGACAACACUGGUAUAUCCAUCGAGAAUAUCUUCCAGACGACUACACAUUCGGAGAUUCGAUACCACGCAUUAUGGAUGGGACAGUGCUUAUUCUUUAUAUCGCCAAACCUAACUGA